AUGGACUUCUCUCGACUACCCUCACCACCAUCGAUCAGCAGUUUUGAACGACACAUGCCAGGACACUCAUUUUCAUCACACGGUCCAAUGCGAAUCCCGAACAAUAAAAGAGAUGACUUUGUUCCCCCGCCUCUACCUCCACCCCCUCGAAUAAAUGAUCUCGAAGAUGGUCAUGACGCAGGCUGGCUUCAUGCCAACGGGAUGGGCAGACCCGAUGUUGCAAAGCUAGCUCCUAUAAACCCGGGCUCGAGUCUCCUGGGUGGCCAUCACCCCAUUCCACGUCUCGAGCGUAUGACUCUCAAUGAAUCAAAUAACUCAGCCGACUCCUUUGCCAAGGUUAAAAUCGAACCUCCGAGACCUGUGGAUGGGGGCUUUAGGAGCUCAAUUUCGUCGACACUGUCAGAGCCGAUCCUGCAGGGUGAGCGUGAUUUUUCUAUAAAGAGCGUCAUGAAUUCGUCGGAUAAUUAUGAUCGGCAUUUGCUGUCCAAGAUAGGAAAACCACAUUCCCCUCCACGUUCAUCAAACACCCUAGGAAGUGAUUGUCGAGGAGGUCCAACGACUACAUUACCCUUCCAUAAUAGUUCCUUGGGAACCAGCUAUCAGUCGUCUCCUGCUAGUGAUCCGUUUAGUCUAGGCGCCUUUGCUGCUUCGUCUGGAGGCGUUUCGCCAAGGUCAAAGCCGGUAUGGAAAGACUUGUCUGAUCAUUAUCGCAGUCCGAGUGUGGAAAGCAGUGUUCCAUCAAUGGGAAAUGAUCAGGAUAGCUAUUCAUGUCGCCAGAGAACGGGAGCGAUGACUCCUAAGUCGGAAGAUACAUUCUCCUUUCUUCCCCGUUUCAAUCGAUCUAGCCAAGAUCACGGUGUUUUUCCAGACGUCGAAGGUGAUGACGAUCAUGACCAAUUUCGCCAUUCUCACACACAAUCAUAUUCCGAUGGUAUAUCCAGGCAACAUGGAAUGAAACGAAGAGCCUCAUCCCCUCCUCGAGAGCCCAUAAGCGAUGCUCGGCAUGCUCUUCACAAAGCUACAAGCAACGGCGAUCUUGCGCAAAGACGAACAAGUGGACAUCCCUUUUCCAGCCACGCUUCCUCAAGCGCACGUUAUCCCCCUAGUCAUGGCUCAUUAUCUUCUCUAUCUUCGGCCAGCUAUCGAACAUCUACCUCUUCUUUUAGCUCUUCCGUGGGACUCUCGGUUGGUGGUAGUAGCAUGACCAGUACAUCUUCCUAUGAUCGAAUCUCUUCUGGGGGUCUUUCCCCACAGAGUGAAGGCGAUCACUUCCAUCACGAGAAGCCAUUAAUAAAUCAGUCCAGUGCCGGGGGGUCUCUAAAUAGCCUUCAAGCUUCAAGAUUAUCAUAUGGUAGUAUUGUAGACACGAAGCCUAUUGUGUCAGGGCGCAAGAUAUCCUUACAAUCGUCUGUGGAUGGUCCGAAGGGGGCUGGCUCUAAACUUGGAGGACUAUUUAUUUGCGAUUGUUGUCCUAAGAAGCCAAAGAAGUUCGAAACAAAGGAAGAGCUUCUGGCGCAUGAAUCGGAAAAACAGUACUCGUGCCAUUUCUGCAAUAAUCGUUUCAAGAACAAAAACGAGGCAGAGCGUCACCAGAACUCCUUGCAUUUAAGACGACAUUCUUGGUCAUGUGCAGCACUUUCUGGCUAUCAGGCUGCGUUCCAUCCCUCGACCUCUGCUACAACCCAGAGUAAUCUUGGUCCCACUCACGACACUUGCGGCUAUUGUGGCGAAGAAUUCCCGAACAACCCCCAGCCCGACUGGGAGGCUCGUUUUGACCACUUGACCAGUGUGCAUAAAUUCGGGGAAUGCAAUAAUGUGAAGAAGUUUUUCCGGGCGGAUCACUUCCGCCAGCACCUGAAACAUAGCCAUGCAGGUACUCCAGGAAAAUGGACUAACAUACUCGAAAACGCAUGCAUGAAGGAAGAGCCUCAGGUGGAAUCAAGACUGGGUAGUAUUAGUGAACAGGGCAGUCCGAAAAAGUCUGAUUCACAAGACAUAAGUGGAGCUGGCUCCGCGACAUUUGCAUCGAAUACCAUUGACGAAGCGAUGGAUGAAUCCUAA